AUGGCGAGGCUGCGGGAUUGCCUGCCCCGCCUGAUGCUCACGCUCCGGUCCCUGCUCUUCUGGUCCCUGGUCUACUGCUACUGCGGGCUCUGCGCCUCCAUCCACCUGCUCAAACUUUUGUGGAGCCUCGGCAAGGGGCCGGCGCAGACCUUCCGGCGGCCCGCCCGGGAGCACCCUCCCGCGUGCCUGAGCGACUCCUCCUUGGGCACCCACUGCUACGUGCGGAUCAAGGAUUCAGGGUUAAGAUUUCACUAUGUUGCUGCUGGAGAAAGAGGCAAACCACUUAUGCUGCUGCUUCAUGGAUUUCCAGAAUUCUGGUAUUCUUGGCGUUACCAACUGAGAGAAUUUAAAAGUGAAUAUCGAGUUGUAGCACUGGAUUUGAGAGGUUAUGGAGAAACAGAUGCUCCCAUUCAUCGACAGAAUUAUAAAUUGGAUUGUCUAAUUACAGAUAUAAAGGAUAUUUUAGAUUCUUUAGGGUAUAGCAAAUGUGUUCUUAUUGGCCAUGACUGGGGGGGCAUGAUUGCUUGGCUAAUUGCCAUCUGUUAUCCUGAAAUGGUGAUGAAGCUUAUUGUUAUUAACUUCCCUCAUCCAAAUGUAUUUACAGAAUAUAUUUUACGACACCCUGCUCAGCUGUUGAAAUCCAGUUAUUAUUACUUCUUCCAAAUACCAUGGUUCCCAGAAUUUAUGUUCUCAAUAAAUGAUUUCAAGGUUUUGAAACAUCUGUUUACCAGUCACAGCACUGGCAUUGGAAGAAAAGGAUGCCAAUUAACAACAGAGGAUCUUGAAGCUUAUAUUUAUGUCUUUUCUCAGCCUGGAGCAUUAAGUGGCCCAAUUAACCAUUACCGAAAUAUCUUCAGCUGCCUGCCUCUCAAACAUCACAUGGUGACCACUCCAACACUACUACUGUGGGGAGAGAAUGACGCAUUCAUGGAGGUUGAGAUGGCUGAAGUCACAAAGAUUUAUGUUAAAAACUAUUUCAGGCUAACUAUUUUGUCAGAAGCCAGUCACUGGCUUCAGCAAGACCAACCUGACAUAGUGAACAAAUUGAUAUGGACAUUUCUAAAAGAAGAAACAAGAAAAAAAGAUUGACUUUUCUUUAUCUUCUAUGAAGGGUCUGUAAUGAAAUCUCUAAAUAAUUUUUAAAAAUUGUUCAUCAACUUCUUUAUGUUUUAUUAGAAAAAAACUGUUUUAAUGUGCUUUAUCAUAAAUAAAUAUCCUGACAAAUGGUAUUGAAAAAAAUCUGAGAUCAUGUGAACAUAUAAUACAAUGUUGAUUUUCUUCUGGUGUAUUUUGCACAGACAAGCAUCUGCCUUAAAAUAUAUACACUUGUACAAAAAGGAAGUUUGGAGUAAGUGCUUCCAUUUUGGUUUCUUGCUUUUUUUUACUCUGUUAACAUAUGGUGCCUUUUACAAAUGUAUAUUAAAGAUUAGCUGUGCCAUAUUAUAAGGCAAACCUGAAAUAAUAUAAAUUU